GCCAGUCCGCCUGUCCGGCCGCCUGGCUUUCCACCCUUCCCCAUGCUGGCACCCCGGACCGCGGAGACCACGGUCCCCAUGUCCCAGACUGAGGCCGACCUAGGCCUGCGGCCACCUGCGCCCCUCACUGCCUCGGGACCUCUCCGCCUCGGGCCCCCUCCUCGCCGAGUGCGCCGCUUCUCCGGGAAGGCUGAGCCCCGGCCGCGCUCUUCGCGACCCAGCCGCCGGAGCUCGGUCGACCUGGGACUGCUGAGCUCUUGGUCCCAGCCGGCGCCACCAGUUCCAGAACCCCCAGAUCCUCCGGACUCCGUCGGCCUCGGUCCCACGAAGAGUGCCCAGCCUAGCUCCGUGGAACCCCCCGAGGGCACGUGGCCCGGGGCAGCACCGGUUACCUCUGCAGACUCCGCACGUCCGGAGCUCACGGGAUCCACGGGAGGCUCCGCGUCCCGGGAGCCACCGAGGGUUCCCGACGCCGCAGCGCGGGAGCGACGGCGGGAGCAGGAAGAAAAGGAGGACACAGAGACCCAGGCUGUGGCAACGUCCCCGGACGGCCGAUACCUCAAGUUUGAUAUCGAGAUUGGAAGAGGCUCGUUCAAGACGGUGUACCGAGGGCUAGACACCGACACCACGGUAGAGGUGGCCUGGUGUGAGCUGCAGACUCGGAAACUGUCUAGAGCCGAGCGGCAGCGCUUCUCCGAGGAGGUGGAGAUGCUCAAGGGGCUGCAGCACCCCAAUAUCGUCCGCUUCUACGACUCGUGGAAGUCGGUGCUGAGGGGCCAGGUUUGCAUCGUGCUGGUCACGGAACUCAUGACCUCGGGCACGCUCAAGACGUACCUGAGGCGCUUCCGAGAGAUGAAGCCCCGGGUCCUUCAGCGCUGGAGCCGCCAAAUCCUGCGGGGUCUUCAUUUUCUACACUCCCGGGUGCCGCCCAUCCUCCACCGGGAUCUCAAGUGCGACAACGUCUUCAUCACGGGCCCUUCGGGCUCUGUCAAAAUCGGAGAUCUGGGACUGGCUACCCUCAAGCGCGCCUCCUUUGCCAAGAGCGUCAUUGGGACCCCGGAAUUCAUGGCCCCAGAAAUGUAUGAGGAAAAGUACGACGAGGCGGUUGACGUUUACGCAUUUGGCAUGUGCAUGCUGGAGAUGGCUACGUCCGAGUACCCGUACUCCGAGUGCCAGAAUGCUGCGCAGAUCUACCGCAAGGUCACUUCGGGCACCAAGCCGAAUAGCUUCUAUAAGGUGAAGAUGCCCGAGGUGAAGGAGAUCAUCGAAGGCUGCAUCCGCACAGAUAAGAACGAGAGGUUCACGAUCCAGGAUCUCCUGGCCCACGCCUUCUUCCGGGAGGAGCGCGGCGUGCACGUGGAGCUGGCGGAGGAGGACGAUGGCGAGAAGCAAGGCCUCAAGCUAUGGCUGCGCAUGGAGGACGCGCGGCGCGGGGGGCGACCGCGGGACAACCAAGCCAUCGAAUUCCUGUUCCAGCUGGGCCGGGAUGCUGCCGAGGAGGUUGCGCAGGAGAUGGUGGCCCUGGGCUUGGUCUGUGAGGCUGACUACCAGCCAGUGGCCCGUGCAGUUCGUGAACGGGUCGCUGCCAUCCAGCGAAAGCGGGAGGAGCUGCGCAAAGCUAGGGAGCUGGAGGCUGUCCCAACCGACUCAGGCCCUCCACCAGCAGCCGUCUCCAUGGCUCCUGUGCCCCCUGGUACCUUCCCACCGGAGCCGGAGGAGCCCGAGGCUGACCAGCACCAAUCCUUUCUCUUCCGCCAUGCCAGCUAUUCAUCUACCACCUCUGAUUGCGAGACUGAUGGCUACCUCAGCUCCUCUGGCUUCCUGGAUGCCUCAGACCCCGCCCUUCAGCCCCCUGGGGGGAUGCCAUCCAGCCCUGCUGAGUCCCAUCUCUGCCUGCCCUCGGCUUUUGCUUUGUCCAUCCCACGUUCCGGCCCUGGCUGUGAGUUUUCUCCUGGGGACAGCUAUGCCUCAGAUGCAGCGUCAGGCCUCAGUGACAUGGGGGAAGGAAUGGGACAAAUGAAGAAGCUUCCAGCCAAGACCCUCCGGCGCAGGCCUCGAUCCCGGCUGCGGGUCACUAGUGUCUCAGACCAGAAUGACAGGGUUGUUGAAUGCCAGCUACAGACCCACAACAGCAAGAUGGUGACCUUCCGAUUUGAUCUGGAUGGGGACAGCCCAGAAGAGAUCGCUGCUGCCAUGGUGUAUAACGAGUUCAUUCUGCCCUCCGAACGAGAUGGAUUCCUGAGCCGGAUCCGGGAGAUCAUCCAGCGAGUGGAGACCCUCCUGAAGAGAGAUACUGGCCCUGCAGAGGCUCCUGAAGAUGUCCUGAGCCCCCAGGAGGAGCCAGCACCACUGCCUGCGCUCCCACACCCAUCCAGCGCAGAGUUGCAGAACAGCACCACCCUGGAACAGAGGAGCUGGGCAGCUUUCUCCACCUCCCCGUCUUCUCCAGAAACUCCUCUCACUCCAUUUUCCCCAGGAACCCCCACCUUCUCAUGCCCCUUCUUUCCUCUCACUUCUCCCCCAUGUCAUCCCAACCCCUAUCCGUUCCCAAGCCCCUCUCCACACAUCUCCAGCUCCCCACUUCCAAUGUCCCCUAGUGUUUCUCAGUUUCCUCCUCCAUCCUCUCCACUUCCGCCUAGUUCUGUCUCCACUAGCUCUCCACACCCAUUCUCUCCUAGCUGUUCCCAUGUCACUUUUAAUCCCUCUUCUUUACCUCUCUGUCCCUCCCCUGCUCCACUCCCUUCCACCACUGCAGCCCCUCUCCUGUCCCUGGCGAGUGCCUUCUCUCUGGCUGUGAUGACUGUGGCCCAGUCCCUGCUGUCCCCCUCCCCUGGGCUUCUUUCCCAGUCUCCUCCAGCCCCUCCCGGGCCCUUGCCUAGUCUGCCCUCUCCCCCUCCCCCUGCUCCUUGUGGCCAGGGCACCCUUUCACCUCAAACAGCUGAGGCAGAGAAUGAGGCCUCCCAAAAUCCUGCUCAGAUACUCCUGGGUGAAGCCAGACUGGCGACCAUUUCUGAAGAGGGAAAGCCCCAGCUUGUGGGACGUUUCCAAGUGACAUCAUCCAAGGAACCAGCUGAGCCCCUUCCUCUGCAACCAGCAUCCCCCGUUCUUUCCAGUUCUCUACAGCUCCCAACCCCUCAGCUGACCUCCGAGAGCUCAGACACAGAGGACAGUGCUGGAGGGGGCUCGGAGCCCAGGGAGGCUCUGGCAGAGAGUGACCGCGCAGCCGAGAGCCUGGGGGCUUCAAUUGAGGAGGAAGGGGACAAUGUGAAGGAACCCCAAGUUGGAGGCUGCUCGCCGCCCUUGGGCCACCCCAGCCCCGUGUGGAUGAACUACUCCUACAGCAGCCUGUGUCUGAGCAGCGAGGAGUCGGAGAGCAGUGGGGAGGAUGAAGAGUUCUGGGCCGAGCUGCACAGCCUCCGGCAGAAGCACUUGUCCGAGGUGGAGGCACUACAGACUCUGCAGAAACAGGAAAUUGAGGAGCUGUACAGCCGGCUCGGGAAGCAGCCCCCGCCCGGUAUCGUAGCCCCAGCCGCUAUGCUGUCCAGCCGCCAGCGCCGCCUCUCCAAGGGCGGCUUCCCCAGCUCGCGCCGGAACAGCCUGCAGCGCUCUGAGCUCCCCGGCCCUGGCAUCAUGCGAAGGAACUCCCUGAGUGGCAGCAGCACCGGCUCCCAGGAGCAGCGGGCAAGCAAGGGGGUGACAUUCGCCGGGGAUGUUGGCAGGAUGUGAAUUCAGAACAGAAGCUGUGUAUCUCCUCUACACCAGGGCCCACCAUGGCUCUCAGAAUCUGAUGCUUUUUCUGGCCAACUCAACUCAGCAAGGGAGACCAGAGCACUAAGGGGGGAGAAGGCCUGAGGGCAUGGAGUGUGCGGACACCCGUAUUACACUGAAGAGUCAAACGUGUGGGAACUGUUUGCUGUGUGAGAGUGUCAGUUCUGCAGCCUACCACCUUCGUCUUCAUCUCCAACUCAGCCAAGGGCCAACCACUAAGCAAACCCACCCAAGUCCAGAUGCUUCUAAGAGGGCAGACUUCCAGCUUGGGGAGUGUAGCUGUACUCACACCAUCGGAAUUAGCAACAGCCAAUAAAAUUUCUGGAAAUAA